AAUAAGUCGAGUGGACUGCGCAUGCGCAGAUGCUUUCUCCACUAAAUUGUUACUAAGCAUGAUAUUUACUUCAAAAUUGGCGCUAGUAGAUGCAAUUGGUCGUUGCCGUGACCAUAAACUUGGGCCACUGGUAAAGUCGACUGCGCAUGCUCAAACAGACUGCGCAUGCGCUGAUGAUUUAUCUGAAAAUUUGUGACUGAGCGGGCUAAUUACUCUAUAAUCGGCACCAGUACACACAGUUGGUUGUUGCCAUGAUUUUUUCAUAUCUAUAAGCGCUCGUUUUCGGAAGCUGGUCCAAUAUUUUAACCACAAAGACAAGUGGAAAGUUCAAAUAUUUGAACAAGUCUUUGAGAUAUUUUCGUUUCAGAGCAACUUUACAUCUAUUACUGUUUGUGUUCUCAUUACAUUUUUUCUAUAUUUUCUCGUUAUUAGUUUUACUUUAGUUAUUUCCUUACCUCCGAAAAUAGUUUUAUAUGUUUUUAGUUAAGACAUUUUCAAAACUGCAAUGAAUGUGAACAAUUUUUUAUAAGUAAGUUGAAAGCCUUAGUGAUUGUGAAUUUAGAAGAGAAAAGUGUGAUAUAAUGAAAGAAAACCGUUCGUGAAUCCAUGUAGAUUUCACUUUUAAAGCAAAUAAUAAAUAUUAAUCAACUGCCUUGUAUCAGGAAAACAACACAAUAAUUUUAUUCAGAAUAAGAAAUUUAUGACCUGCCAUGUAGUGGGCUUAUAGUAUAUACCAUGAACAAAUAUAUUUUGAAUGAUUUAUGAUGAGACAUAAGGAUGUCAAAAAUAUCAUCCCAUAAAAUAAAUACAUAAUUUAUAUAAUGGUAGAAAAAACCUGUUUUCUGUGUAUUUAUUUACACGUCAUCCUAAGCGUUCGACGUUUAAAAACUUUUACUUAGAUCAAUAACAUCAAAAUGUAGACCUUAAUUUUCACUAGAUGUCUAAACGCAAUUGCUUAACGGUCGUUUCUUGUUUAAAGUUUUGUGUUUCCGCCACAUCGUGGACUCUGUCAUAGUUUUUUUUUUUGAAGGGAAGGUACUUCUGCGUCGAUAGAUUGUUAAAAAUUGUUUUAAAACUGAGCAACAUCUAUAAUUCACUGUUCAUUACAAUUGGCAACUAUUUACCCACUUGUCUUAAUGACGAGGGAAAAGGCUUGUUUAUUUCUUCUUUAGAAACACACAUUUUUCAUUAUAUACCUGCUAUGUGAACUGUUAUCAUAAUGCAAACAGCACAAUUUUUUAUACACUGACGUCAUUUUAUUGCUGUCUGAAGCCAAUAUUGACUGAUUAUUCACGUUCAAAUUUUUCGCCAAAAACUACUUUAGAAAUUGUACAAACAUAUCUUCUUUUUAUUUAUUAUUUUAGCGCUUUGCUAUUUGCCUUAUUAUGCAGACAAAACAUUUACGUAUAGCUUUUUAAUUUUCACCUUUUAUAAUGAAAUAAGAUCUAUCUUAUACACGACUUCAAAGCCAGGGACAAUUGUUGUUAUUAAGUAUAGUUUUUUAUUUUAUUUAUGACAUGUACAUUUAUUUAAAAACGGCCACAGUUAUCGUGAGAAAUGUUCCCUUGGUAGAUAUAUAUUAUAGUGUGUAACAUAUGUUGAUUUGAACCAGAAGGAUACUUGACAUUCGUGAACCAAUACUCAGGAAGUAAACGUUGAGUUGAUCGGGAAAUCCCAAAAGCUAAGUACGCCCUACGGGUAUUUUUUUGUCGUAGCUUUGUUAGAAAGUUGUAAAUUCAACAAACAUCACGAAUAAGCAAUUAUUCAACACGUUAUGUAUUCAUAUCGACAACUUUGUAACCACGUAGUAAGUUCAUCAUUCAUUAUUGAUCAGUGGUCGUGAGCAAAACUUGCGAACUCGGCAACUUUUUACUUACUCUCUCUUCUUGAGAAUUAUCGUCAAAGAUUUUGUCGAUAUCAGCCGUAGUUGGGUUUUAAAGAGAAGAUUUCGUUGUCUUGCUUUUCAAUUAUUUUCAUGAUCGUAGAAGUUGACUAAAUAUCCUUGAAAUAUGAAAUUUUACAUUGGAUAGAGAGAAAAUCUUUCACAGAAAGAAAAGACAACAGGAUUUGAGUGAGAUCAAAGUUUUUGAUUGUGAAAGUAGAUAUAUCGUGUGAAUGUUGUGGAAUAUAAAGAUUUAUUCAUCGUGAAGACUGCAUCACAGCAUUUCAAAAAGUUUAUUAUACGUGGGAAUUACGACAGCAAGGGGAUCUGAUGAAUUUCACUGAAAAAUCAAAAAUGAUGUUGAAUAGUAAAGACGAAAUUCUCAAAGAAGGGUUUGUCGUCACUCUUGGGCAAAAUAUGUUCAGUUUACCAAAGUAUGUAUGGUUUUCCUUGAGAUCCACAGGACUUUACUACUCAAACCGAAAGUUAAGCCGUGAAGAUGAAGGACCUUCUUCCAAAAGUGUAAUUGAAUUUGAGUCCAUGUUUGUACGAGUUGAAAAAUUAAGUGACGACACGUCAAGACUUGCUGGUGCGUCUUACAGAAGCGAUAAAACUGACGUGUAUUGUCUGCGAGUGGGAGACAAACGAAAGUAUCGAUUAUUAUGUUUUGAUAGUUGGGAGGAUCGUGACUAUUGGGUUAUAGCAAUUCUCACUGCUAUUGCUCAGUUCAAGAUAUCCGGUAAGCCAUGUUCAAGAAACGAUUUGUGUGCUAAAAUACGCUAUGGAUCUACAACAUCUACUCUUCGUCCUAAUCGACCUGUAAAGUCAGGCUCAACUAGUAGUUCAAGAUUAGCCAGAAAUGGAUUUAGCCGAUCCUUUCGCAAGACAUUUGGAUCAUUGAGAUCUCGUAAAUCCGCUCGUGAUUCCCAACUUGGUUUAGGCGAGAAUUUAUACGCGAGCUCUUCAAGUUCUGAUGUUUUUAAUGAUGAAGCGGACACGGAAGGCUAUAAAAUUCUCUCACCAGAACCAAAGAAUGAAAAUACAGGUCAAGCCAAGCGAUUUUUCAAGUCAAGCUGGGAUGUUUUACGAAGAAGAAAUUCUCAAAUGAAUCGUACUGGGAGUUUAAAGAUUUAGGAGUGCUGUAUUAAGUUUUUGCGAAUUGAUAAAAAUUGUAAAAAAGUGUUAAGUUAAAUAUAAUUGUCAUAAGUUAUUACUCCACAUUGUAAAAUUUGCUUUUCAUGACAUUAACAAAGUAUUUCCUUUUCGAUAUUAUGAUAUUGAGUGGCUAGACUUUUGGCCAAAUUUACAUCAAAAGUUGCUUUGUUUAUACACAUGGAAAGACAAAAUGGAUGACUUCUUUUCUAAGAUCAUCCCGUGUGCGUGAAGUGAAAACGUGGAUGCAAACUGUUUGUAUGUUUUAGUUGAUACCAUUCCUUCUUUCUUUUAAAGAUUAAGAAGGGAAAAUAUUGUAAUUUUCUUACCAGUGUAAUUUGUACAGAGAGAAGAAUUGUCGGCAUUCAUGCCUUUUUGAAAUUAUUUAGUGUAAAUCGAUAUUAUUUAUGAUUUAUUUAAAAUAAAUUUUUACUUUUA